AUGCGAUGGAUCCUUCUACUUCAAGAAUUCGACAUCGAGAUUAAAGAUAAAAGAGGAGUAGAAAACGGAGUUGCAGAUCAUCUUUCCCGGAUAAGAAUAGAAAACGACGUACCUACCGAUGAUUUCUUACCAACUGAAAACGUUUACCAAACGGAUUCGUUCAUCGGGAAUGUAUGUCUCACUUCCGAGGACCUGUCAAUCGAUGAUAACGAUGCAAUGUCGAUCAAUUACGAAAAUACCAGGUCGAUCGACAACGACGAAAGUAUGUCGAUCGACAACGACGAAAGUAUGUCGAUCGAUACUUCAGAUAUUCUGAGCGAAGAUAAAAAUCCCAAAACCCUCACCUUCGAUAUAAAAGUUAACGUCGCGCACAACGAGCUGUACCCUGACCGUGAUUCCCCCGUAGAUGAAAGUCUGCAUCGAGAAGUGCCUGUAGUCGGACAAGGUUCAAAGGACAGACCUUGGUACGCUGAUAUAGUAAACUAUUUAGCUGCUGAGUUAGAACCCGAAGAGUUGAGAGGCUACACAAGGAAGAAUUUUUUACGAGAAGUUAGGAGAUAUCACUGGGACGAGCCAUAUCUCUACAAACAUUGCUCUGACGGGAUAUAUAGACGUUGCGUCGCCGAAACUGAUAUCUUAUUCCAAUGCCAUGGAUCCGACUACGCCGGACAUUUUGCAACUUUUAAAACGGUAUCUAAAAUUGUUCAGGCAGGAUUCUGGUGGCCGACCAUGUUUCGCGAUGCUCAUGCAUUCAUAGCACAAUGCAACAGAUGCCAACGAAGGAGGAAAAUCAGUAAAAGACAUGAAAUGGAACAGAAAUCUAUUCUAGAGGUAGAAGUCUUUGAUUGUUGGGGAAUAUAUUUCAUGGGUACUUUCCCUUCUUCGUACGGGAGAAAAUACAUACUAGUCGCUGUUGAUUAUGUAUCAAAAUGGGUCGAAGCAGUAGCUUCCCCAACAAAUGACGCAUCUGUAGUUAUCAAGCUUUUCAAGAGCAUUAUUUUUCCAAGAUUUGGAGUUCCUAGAAUAGUCAUAAGUGACGGUGGCUCCCAUUUUAUUAACAAAGUUUUUGACGGAUUACUCCGGAAGAACGGAGUUCACCACAGAGUUGCUACGCCCUACCAUCCGCAAACAAGUGGACAAGUAGAAGUCUCAAAUCGAUAG